AUGAAUCCCAACGAGAUAUCUAUGAAGCAAGAGCCUGUUGGAUUGGGGAUGUGGUCAACAACAACACCACCAAACCCAACUACGAGACCUCGACCCGCAACCAUACAUGAGACUGGGUUCUCAUAUGGUAUGUCAGGGCAAAACAACUAUUCUUUACCCGCGUGGGAUUCUUCGACGAUGCCAAUGCAACCAAUGCACGACGGAUUGCCGCAAAACUAUGCAGUUCAGCACGAUUACUAUUCACCAUUAUCAGGAGGGGAACGUGAAUCACAUCAGAACCAUGCUAUUUCCGUUAGCGGUAAAGCUUUUUCUGACUUUGAUUUCACAGAUCAUUGGAGCACGAAAUCUUGUGACGAUGUAGUGGAAAUGCAAGCUCUCGAUACAGAUAUGCAUAUGGGCCAGGCUUAUACCACCGACGAGGCUGUACCAAUUUUGGAUUUGAGAUGUGGACCUGGAAUGGGUUCCGAUCCAUCUAAUAUGGAUCAUCCGUGGAGUUCGCGGAGGAUGUCUGGUUCAUCAUUCACCACCUUCUUUUACUUCAGACUAUCCACCUACGUCAAAUCGGAAUUCAUUAAUGUCAUCAACGCAAUUAUCACCCGUAGCGUCUCCUAG